AUGCUGCGGUUGUUUUUAUUCACAUUACUAUUCGCUAGUGCACUAUGCAUGACAAACUUCAUGGGCUUGGCACUGCCGUCACUUGAAGAGUGGCUCAAAGGUGCUCCCAUAAUAGGUCCAGCAGCUCCAGAAGGAGGUGGAGGAGCAGAAGCAGGAGGAGCAGUAGGAGCAGCAGGAGGGGGCUGCUGUUGUUGUGCUCCUGCUGCAGCGCCACCUCCUCCGCCUCCACCUUCGCCUUCAGCUGGAGGAUGUUGUUGCUGUUGUCCAUGUGCACCUGCUCCGGUUCCAGCUCCUCCGCCUCCACCACCACCACCUCCACCACCACCUCCCCCACCACCACCUCCACCACCUCCACCACCUCCACCACCUCCACCUCCACCGCCACUUCCGGUACCAGUAGCACCCGCAGCACAACCAACGAUUUAUGUAGUUGUGCCGAAAGUGAUUUAUGCACCUGCACCAGCACCCGCGGCACCACCCCCACCACGUCCACCCCCACCCCCAUCUCCACCUCCGCCACCGCCAGCGCCAGUGCCAACUCCCGAUUGUGGAGGACCCAUACCUUCUUGCACUGCAAGUGAAGGAAAUGGUGCAGUGUCAGCGCCGGUCAGCGAUUCAGCAACAGAGGAAUCAAGCGCGGGUAAAGGUGGAUAUCGUGUCUUCUCAAAUAGAAGGAGAUAUUCUAAGAAACACACAAGAUUUCCAAAAAAGAAGAUUAUAUUUCGUGAUGUUCGGACACGAUCAUAA